AUGAGAUAUUCCCCCGUCGCAAGAUGGCAGAUAGUGCACACGAAUCCAGUUGAGCUGUGGAGAUCCAAGGUAGCGCUCGGAGAAAUACAGCCCGAUCAGUCUCAGCUAGCGACGCUUACGCGGCUGAAAGAGCAUCAUCGGGAGCUAGCCAGCUACACGCCGCCGCUGGAGCUUCUCAGCAGUCUGUCGCCGAUCGCGGCAGUAAUCCGCGACCACUCCGGGUACAGCUGGAGAGCGGCGUUGCGGAGGGCGGUGAAAGGGCGCGCGGGUAACGAGGUUGAGGAUGCUGAGCACCUACAGCAGCAGAAACAGACUGCGCUUGUCCGCUCUCUCACCAACUCCGAGGCCCUCGAGGAGCUGCAGACACCCAAGGGAAUCCUCCUCUAUGGCGAUCCAGGCAGCGGAAAGUCCCUUCUCCUCGAUAUCUGGUUUGGCAGCUUGCCCACUCCUCGCAAAUCCCGCAUGCAUUACCACAGCUUCAUGGCCCUUGUUUUUAGGAUCAGCUGGGAGGAGUCUCUCAGACGACAACAGGGGGCUACGUUGAAGGGCGAGCGCGAUGGACAGGCUGCACACGCUACUGCCACCACCCAAGAGGCGGAAAAUGCACUCAUGAUGCACACGUCCAUCGCUUUCGCCGUCGCUCGCAGACUGUUUCUCCACCACGGCCACAUUCUCUACCUAGAUGAGCUCCAGAUGGUCGAUAUAGCCUCCGCGGUGCUUCUGCGCGACACGCUCAGCUGGUUUCUCCGUUUCGGCGGUGUGUUGCUAUCGACAACCAACAAACCGCCUUCGCAACUCUACGGGAAGGGUAGCGUGGGGAGUGGAGGGAUGACAGAUUUUCUCUAUGCGCUCGAGCGGCGCUGCGACGGACUGGAGGUCGAUAGUGGAGUGGACUACAGGACGACCAAGGAGAGCGGUAUUGCGACGUGGUUUGUCGGAGACUCGAACCGCGUGGAGUUUGAACGCGUCGCAGGCGCGGUGAUGCCGUCACCCGUGCACGCCACUCGGCUAGUUGUGUACGGACGCGAGCUUGUCGUUUCUCGCGCGGCUGACCGAGUAGCGAGAUUCACAUUUGGAGAGCUGUGCGAUAGUCCACUUGGACCCGCCGAUUACUUAGCGCUGUCGUGUGCGUUUCACACGCUUAUCGUCGAUGAUAUACCUGUUUUACAUCUUGCACAAAAAAACCAGGCGAGACGGUUCAUUACCCUCAUAGACGCUCUCUACGAGGCAAAAUGCAGGUUAGUGGGAUGGGCAGAAGAUGACAUUACGUCGCUCUUCUUUCCCCCGUCGACGAAUAACAAGCACGCAGACGCACGCGACUCGUUAGCGUACGAGAGUGUUUCUGAAGGUAUAGAAGCGCAGUCAGCCCCACAUGUCGCUAGUGCUGGCACCGUGAGUGAUCUUUUGCCUAAAUUUACCCAGACCACCACGCAGCUCGACGGUUUGGGUAUACUCUCGGGCGAGGAUGAGAAAUUCGCUUACAGACGGGCUGUUUCGAGAUUGAGUGAGAUGCGCUCACACAGCUACCUCACUCAACACCCCAAUCGGUGGAUCAGCUUGCCCGCGUCGAGUAGAGUGUGGGAGAGGAGUGUUAAUGUUACGCGGAGUGUGGCGAAUGUGGGGCAGACUAGUAGCACAAUGGCACACCCAGCACAUUGCGAUUUCAGCGACGAAUACAGCAAUCCCGCUGGCAUGUCUCAGCGCAGAAAUGCACCAGUCUUCUCGGAUAAUCACGUCUGGGGCGUGAGAGAUGAUCACGGGAUGGCGUCGGGAGCGUGGGGCAUGGGCAGUAAGGCGUUCGAGAACUCGGAUGGCGCGAGAGUGGAACGAGCACGACGCGAACAUAGGAAAAGUCAGCGGAUGGCUCGGAGAAAAUGA